UUGCGCGAGCUUGAAGAGGGUUACAAACUCUCACCGUACCAGCCGUCGGAAGCCCCGGCCGUCUUUGCUCGGCGCGAUGCCAUUGGCCUUCGACUUCUGCUCUAUUUUCUGCUUUUCCUGAGCUUUGGUGUGGGAUGUUGGUGUAAGCAUGAAGGCGAAAGUGACUUAUCGACCCCGGCUGGUCACCGUAUUGCCAAUCCAGCAAGUAUGGAGAUAUCAAACACGAUACCUACUGAGAGACAGUGGCAACCCCGCGCCGGCUUGAAGGGAUACAGAGCUGGUACAACAUCGGAAGGACCCUGCGAUGAUGCAGGCUUUGUCCAGACUUUCCGCACGACACUGCGUUCCUUCACCGGCUCCUGCAAAGACAGGCGCAAAAUUUUUGAUACGGGAAGGCGGGAGAUAUCAGAGAAAGUUGGACAUGUAUAG